GGGCUCCUGCGGCGCGGGCUGUUGUCUCUCUCGCGGGCUGAGGGCACGCGGAUCGAGAGCGGGGGGCUCUGCGAGCGGCGAGGCCACGCAGCCACCUGUGAGCCUCCCGCAACUGCGGGCGGCGGCUGCAUCUCCGGCCGGAGACAGGAGGAGACGCUUGGCGGACCCCGCCCGCCGGCCCGCGGGGCGCACACACAGGCGCACACACACUCGCACCCGCGCGCACACGCACAGCCAGCCGGCAGCGGCGACCGCAGCGAUGCUAACAAGCAGGUCGGGGAAGUUUCCCGCCGGCCUCGGCCGCGGGCCCCAGUGCUCGCAGGUGUAGCGCCCCCGCGCGGCACGGGCGGCCGGGCGUCUCCAGCAUGACCCGCCAGAGCCUGUGGGACGUGUCCGAGGCCAACGUCGAAGACGGAGAGAUCCGCAUCAACGUAGGAGGCUUCAAGAGGCGGCUGCGCUCGCACACCCUGCUGCGCUUCCCUGAGACGCGCCUGGGCCGCCUGCUACUCUGCCACUCGCGCGAGGCCAUUCUGGAGCUCUGCGAUGACUACGACGAUGUCCAGCGUGAGUUCUACUUUGACCGCAACCCCGAGCUCUUCCCCUACGUGCUGCAUUUCUACCACACCGGCAAGCUUCACGUCAUGGCGGAGCUGUGCGUCUUCUCCUUCAGCCAGGAGAUCGAGUACUGGGGCAUAAACGAGUUCUUCAUCGACUCCUGCUGUAGCUACAGCUAUCAUGGCCGCAAAGUGGAGCCCGAGCAGGAGAAGUGGGACGAGCAGAGCGACCAGGAGAGCACCACGUCCUCCUUCGAUGAGAUCCUGGCGUUCUACAACGACGCCUCCAAGUUCGAUGGGCAGCCGCUGGGCAACUUCCGCAGGCAGCUGUGGCUGGCGCUGGACAACCCUGGCUACUCGGUCUUGAGCCGGGUCUUCAGCAUCUUGUCCAUCCUGGUGGUGUUGGGGUCCAUCACCACCAUGUGCCUGAAUAGCCUGCCGGACUUCCAAAUACCUGACAGCCAGGGCAACCCGGGGGAGGACCCCAGGUUCGAAAUUGUGGAGCACUUUGGUAUCGCCUGGUUCACAUUUGAGCUGGUGGCCAGGUUUGCUGUGGCCCCUGACUUCCUCAAGUUUUUCAAGAAUGCCCUAAACCUUAUUGACCUCAUGUCCAUCGUCCCCUUUUACAUCACUCUGGUGGUGAAUCUGGUGGUGGAGAGCACACCUACCUUGGCCAACUUGGGCCGGGUGGCCCAGGUGCUGAGGCUGAUGCGGAUUUUCCGCAUCUUAAAGCUGGCUAGACACUCCACUGGCCUCCGCUCCCUGGGGGCCACCCUGAAAUACAGCUACAAAGAAGUAGGGCUGCUUUUGCUCUAUCUCUCUGUGGGGAUUUCCAUCUUCUCCGUCGUGGCCUACACCAUUGAAAAGGAGGAGAACGAGGGCCUGGCCACCAUCCCCGCCUGCUGGUGGUGGGCCACCGUCAGUAUGACCACUGUGGGAUAUGGGGAUGUGGUCCCAGGAACUACGGCAGGGAAGCUGACUGCCUCCGCCUGCAUCCUGGCCGGUAUCCUGGUGGUGGUACUGCCCAUCACCUUGAUCUUCAAUAAGUUCUCCCACUUUUACCGGCGCCAAAAGCAACUGGAGAGUGCCAUGCGCAGCUGUGACUUUGGAGAUGGAAUGAAGGAAGUCCCUUCCGUCAAUUUAAGGGACUACUAUGCCCAUAAAGUUAAAUCCCUCAUGGCAAGCCUGACGAACAUGAGCAGGAGCUCACCAAGUGAACUAAGUUUAAAUGAUUCCCUACAUUAGCUGAGAGGGCUCGUCAUCCUCACACCCACGUUGCUGAGUUGCCUCUUGUGCCUCUGGCACAGUUCGGGCGCCUUAGGGUUAUGGCCUAAGGAGUAGGUCCAGCCCCACAGGGGAGAGAUGCAUGGGAUAUGCACCCCAGGUUGCUUUCACAGCCUUUAGAAUCAUUUUUAGAGGGUGUUGCGUCAGACACCACGCCUUUGCACCCUUCCAUGAAAUGACACUCACUGGUCUUUGCUUCGUGGGCAUACAGUGUUCACCUUUCUGCCAGAUGAGUACCACCCAGAAUGCUAAUUUUUUCUGUUUAUCGUGUGCUCUAUUCUAGUGCUCGUGGCCCAGUACUGUGAGUGUUCUGUGCUCUCGUCUCUGAGGUUGUCUUGUGAGUCCUGUACCAAAAGCCCCCACAAGUCUGUCCGGUGGAAACACAUCUGUGGGGUCGGCAAGGCUGUGAUGAGAUUUUGCUCAGUCAUGUGAAAACAGAAUCUCAGUUCUUUAUCCAUUGCUUUCAUUUAGUGUUGUGACCAAAACAAAGAAUCUGAAGUUAAGCACGCAGGACCAAUGCAAGUCUGUGAGUUGUUUUUACCAAUAAUCUGUAGCAAUGUGACUUGCAUGGGUACCCCGGUCACCUAUAGAAUGAUGUACACUAAUGUUCAUCUCGUAAAUGUCGGCUUUAGAGAAUGUUACUCAGUUAAACAUGUAGUGAUGAUUGAUUUUUUUUUUCCCAAGAAGAGAAGCAUUAGGGACAGGGCUUCAGCUACACUGUAGGCCGAAUCAUGGGAUACAUGAAGACCUUUCAAAGCCAGGCCUUCAUCUUUCCUAGGGUGGCCAUAAAGACGUUUAUUUCUAGCUGAGGUUCCUGGGCUAGGCCGUUUGACGAAAUUUUGCUAUGUCUUAGAUAAAAGCAUGUUUUGGCAAUAUUUAUUUUUUAAGAUGUUUAGAAGUAAGGUCGUGUUGUCUUUCUCAACUAAAAAGAGGUUUACUGUUGUUAUUAUCUCCCUAAGGCAAACAUUAUUGGGUUGCUAACAAGGGCAGUAGCUUAGAAACUUUGUUGCCUGCUCUGGAAGCUCAUAAAUUAGAGCCCCUUUCUUUCCGAGCCGAAGGAUCAUUUUGCUUCUAGGAUACAGUAUGUUAUAUAUGACGCUCUAAUUGCCCUGGAGUUCCUGGUAUGAUGUGGAAACCCGGCAGUGUGGAAGUGUGUACUCAAAAUAUAGACAUGCAUGAGUGAAGUUCUGUGUGGCUUACCCAGGACGGAAAUACUGUAGCGCUUACUUCCAUUUUCAAUGACCUUUUGUUGGGAGAGGGUGGGUAGAGGCCAGGAGCAAGGAAAGAGUUGUAAAACAAAACAUUGUUACUGCAUAAAA